AAGAUGCCCAAAAUUGAAAAUACUACAGGAAUGCCAAUAAAUUUGAUAAUUGAUGAACUUAAAAGUGAUGAUAUACGCAAAAGAAUUCAUUCAGUCAAACAUUUAGAUUUAAUAGCAAGUACAAUUGGCCCAGAUAGAACUAAAAAUGAACUGAUUCCAUUUAUAUAAGGUAUGUAAAUAUCUAAUUUAGAAUUAUUGGAUGAUGAUGAUGAAGUAUUGAUAGAAUUAAUAGAUUCACUAUCAAGAAAUUUUGUAGAGUUUGUUGGAGGAUAAGUAUAAGUUCUACUGCCUACAUUUGAAGUAUUAUGUAGAGUAGAAGAUGCUUCAGUAAGAGAAAAAGUAAAAUAAAUAAUUAAUAAAGGCUGCUAAUCAAAUCAAAAAAUGUCUAACUUAACUUCCAGAAUAAAAGAAAGUAGAAGAAUUGUCAAUAGGAAUUAUAAAGAGAUUAAAUGAUAGCGAUUAUUAUAUGGCUAAAAAUGCAGUAGCAAUUUUAAUACCAGCAAUCUUUAAUUAAGUUUCAUAGAAUAAUUAGAAUGAAUUGAUAAAUAUUUAUCUCAAAAUGUCUUAAGAUCAAAUUCCUUAAGUGAGAAAAUUUGCAUCUAUGUAUUUUUAAGUAUUAAAUUUUGAAAAUUUAGGAUUUGGUUAAACAUUUUCCAUUAGUAAAUGAAGCUUUUAUUUAAAACAUCCUAAAUUCUUUUAUUAAAGACGAAUAAGACUUUAUUAGAAUGUACAUUGUAGAUUCCUUAAUAUAAACAAGUAAAACUCCCUUCUUCUAAAAACAAUAAAACUUUAUUCUCAAUAUGUUUAAAUAAUUGGCUGAAGAUUAAUCAUGGAGAGUUAGAUAUUAUUUAUGCGAUAAAUUAGCUGAAGUAAUAACAACAUUAAAUAUUAAAAGAUAGGUGAGGCUUUAAGUAAAGAUGGUUAUCGUAAGAAUUUUUAAAUGUAUCAUCUUAAAUUCUUACAAGACACAGAACCUGAAAUGAAAUCUAUUGCAGCAUUAAAAAUAGAAAGAGUCUGUAUUUUAAUGGAUCCAGAAGAUAUUUUAAAUAAAUUAAUACCUUUAUUGAAAUCUAUACAAUGUGAUACUAAUGCAUUUGUUAGAAGUAAUUUUAUUUAGAUUUAUUAAAUUAAGAUGCUCUAGCAUCUUCAGUCUUAGCAUUAUGUCCAAUUAUUGGUAAAAAGAAUACAAGUGAAUAAAUCUUACCAAUAUUUUUAACUUUACUAAAAGAUUAAGAUUCUGAAGUCAGAAUAACACUCUUUAAAAAAUUAAGUCUUAUUACAAAUGUUCUUGGAGUUGAUUCCUUGUCUUAAAGUGUUAUUCCAGCAUUAACAGAAUUAGCAUAAGAUAAAAAUUGGAGAAUAAGAGCUUCAACCAUUGAAGUCUUGAGUUUCUUUGCAAGAGCUAUUGGUCCAGAGUUCUUAUCUGAUAAAGUCUUGAAAUUAUUAUUAGAUUGGAUGGGUGAUAAAGUCUUCUCAGUUAGAUAAACUGCAAUCUAAUAAACUGCUUAAUUGAUCUCUAUUCUUGGAUUUGCUUGGGCAGAUAAACACUUAUUAACUAAAAUUUGGGCAUUUCAAUAGAUUUAAAAUUAUCUUCACAGAAUAACUGUUCUAUUUACAAUUAAUGUAUAUAUCUAAUCUUUAUGUUUUAGAAUAUUAUUUCUUAAUUAAACAAUGAUUACAUCUUAAGAACUAUUGUACCUAUCUUAUAAUCUAUGUCCAAAGAUUCUGUUGCUAAUAUUAGAAGCAAUGUUUGCAGAACAUCUAUUUAAUUAGCUAAAGAAAAAGGAGGAAAUAUUGUAGAUCCUAUGAAAAAAAUUUUAUAAACUCUUAGUGAUGAUUAGGAUGCAGAAGUUAAAUACUAAGCAAAAAGUUCAUUAGAAUCAUUGUGAUUUACAU